GCGUUUGUUUCAGAGAUAAAAAACACAUUCUUGGGAAUAGAGGUUGGGAAAGAAAAAUACCUACGUUUGGUAGAAAGGAACAAAAAUAAUAUGCCUAAGAAUAAUUAAUGUCCAGGAAUCUACUUACCUUACAUUCUAGUCAUUUUUAUUCCCAUGAAAAAGGGAUGGGAAAAUUAUAUUCCCAGGAAAAGAGUGCCCACAUUCUUGAUUUUUUUUAUUUUUUAUUUUCAUUUAAAGCUAAACAAAUUAUCCUUACAGCCAACCACGUUCUUGAUUUUUGUUUUUUGAAAGAAGCCAACCACGUUCUUGAUAAAAACUCAUAAAUAUGCCCAUUUUACUAUUGUGUUCCCACGUUGUAAAAAUUAACAUAACAGUUUCCAUUUUUUUUAGUUUUUUAGUAAUAAGUCAUAAGGUCUAUCAAUGUAACCACCCACUUCUUUGAAAAGAAUCCUAGGAAUAAAAAUUGGCAACCAAACACUUUUCUUAAAAAUUCCUAAGAAUAAAUUCUCAUUAUAUUUUCCUGGGAAAGUUAAUUCCAGGAAGAAAUUUUUGCAUCCGGGAAACAAACACCCCCAUAUAGUUAAUGUUAGUGGUUUGAUCAAUUUAACUGUAUAUAUAAUAAAUUAAAAGAAUUGUACCAAAAAAAAAAAGUUAAAAGAAAAAAAAAAGUAACCGCCUAAAAUUGUGAAGCUUGAAACAAGAAUUCUGAACCAACCCACGACGGCGACACAACCGUGGACUGCAGGACGCCGGCGACGGAAAAUACGGCUGUGGACGACCAACAGCAGGUGCCCUCCCUCACCCGUUCCUCAUUUUUACAUGCAUUGGAUUAUGACGAAGAAGAAAAUAUGCAGAAUUUGAUUUGCCUAUAAACUGUUUGCUUUAAUGUCUGAGUGAAAAUCGUUGAAAAAAGAAAACUUGCAGAUUUGGUUUUCUUUGCAUAUUUUCGUCUCAAGCUUUGCAAAAUUGUAGAAUUGAAUAAUGUUAGCAAAGUAGCAUCAUUGAAAGUGGGGGUGGUACCCGUAAGCACUCUGACACAGUGGCACUUCAGUCGGUAAAUGAACAAAGAGGUAAGAUUUUAGUGUAGAAAGAUUGUGUACCGUGUAUUAUCAUAUAAAAAGGUAUUUAUAUGGUACUAAGGGCACAAACAAUCUUAUGGUUAUUGUUAUGGACGGUAUUCUCAUGAAAACCUUUGAAUUAUGUACAGCAUUCAUGGACAUUGUGCUAAUAUUGUGUUUGGUAUAAUUGUAUUUUAUGGUUUUUUGCCGUCAAAUUUUCAUUUCAAGUGCUGCAAACCUGUCGUGACAUCUGCAAUUCUGCUCUGCCACACCGCAUCUGGGGGCGGUUACUUUCUGUUAAGCUCAUUGGCCACUAUUGACAACAUAUCUGUCUGCUCCUUCUUUUCUUUAGUUCUAGUGACGUGGUUUUGAAGUUAAAGGAAAAGUGUUGAGACCGGUCCAGGUCACACCAGUUUAUACUGGUUAACUUGCACAAACUUCACCAGUCCGGGUUUUGAAACACUGAUCAAAAGUAUGUAUAAGCAUGGACUGAGAGCAAGUGUUGCUCUGCGCUCAAUUUCAACUUGUAAAUUAAAGUGUCAUCAUUACCAAUAUGUCCAUAAAGCUGAAAUCGAAUUCUCUCGAAAUCUCACCACCACAACAAUAGGAUCGUCUGUGCAACUGCAAAUAGUCAAGGCACUCCACUCCGGUGAGAGAAAAAAGGCUUCCCACUUACUUCUGGAUUUCGGUCACAGAAGCCACUCAUUAUCGGCUGAUGAUUUUGUUAAUAUUUUUAAGUACUGUGCAGAAUCUCCUGAUCCACUGUUUGUUAUGGAGAUCUGGAGAUUAAUGGAGUCAAAAGACAUAAGCAUAAAUAACACAUGCUCUUCUCUUAUGACGCGGGCCCUUUGUAAAGGGGUUUGCAUUAACAAGGACUUUAGCAUCAUGGAUUUUCUUGCAGAAAGUCGGCAUUUCUAUCCAGUUCUCCCACUGUACAAUAGUAUUUUAAGGUCCUACACAGAAAUCCAGAAUUUAGUUCAAGCAAGAAAAUGUUUGGACUUGAUGGAAAAACAGAUGAUAGGAAAGAGUGAAGUUACUUAUACUGCACUUCUCAAGCUUGCAGUUGUGCAGAAAAACUUGCCUGCAGUCCAUAUAAUUUGGCAGGAAUAUAUUAAACUUUACAGUAUGAGUAUCGUUCCUCUGCGUAAGUUCGUCUGGUCAUUUACAAGGUUAGGAGAUCUAAAAUCUGCGUAUAGAACACUACAGCAGAUGGUGUCAUUAGUCAUGAGAGGAAACAUUUCCAUUGCUAAAACAGUUUAUGGGAAGUUGUAUUCUACUAGAUUGGACAUCCCUGUUCCUUCAAAUGGGAGGCUAGGUUCAACCAUAUUGGACAUUAGGAAGAGCAAGCAACAUGACUCUUGUAUACUCUCUCCUAUGUAUUUACCCAACAUUGUUUCUGCCAGUAAGGAGCAGCAAAUUAUUUGUAUGGAUGAUAAAAAAGCAAAGAGUGGUGAAAUAAAUGGGCUGAAUGGAAAAAAACACUCACUGCCUAUGAAGGUUCUUAGGUGGUCUUUUAAUGAUAUAAUACAUGGGUGUGCAAAUGAAAAGAAUUAUAUGCUUGCAUGGAAGCUUAUAUUACAGAUGCAAAGUCUUGGUUUGCAGCCAUCCAGCCAUACAUAUAAUGGCCUUAUUAGAGCAAUUGUUUCUCAAAGAAGAUUUGGGGAUGCCAUGAGAAUGUUAAAAAAAAUGCAACAGGAGAAUUUGAAGCUAGUUGAUUCAACUUUAGCUACACUUUCAGUUGCUUUCAGCAGAGAACUACAGUUAGAUUUAGCUGAGUCUUUGCUGAAUCAGAUUUCUGAAUGCUUGUAUCCACAUCCUUAUAAUGCUUUGCUGGCUUCAUGCGAUGCACUGAAUCAACCUGAGCGUGCGGUGCGAGUGUUUGCAAAGAUGAGGAAAAUAAAGCUUUUACCUGAUAUGAGAACAUAUGAGCUUCUGUUUUCAUUAUUUGGUAUUGUUAAUGCCCCAUACGAAGACAGUAAUAUGCUGUCACAGGUGGAUGCUGCUAAAAGAAUAAAUGCUAUAGAAAGGGAUAUGGCAAAUAAUGGCUUUCAACACAGUUAUCUUUCAUUGAAAAAUUUAAUGAAAUCCCUUGGAGAAGAAGGGAUGAUACGUGAGCUAAUCCAAUAUUUACAUGUGGCAGAGAAUCUUUUCUUAUUCAGUAACCCUUCAUUAGGAACAGAUAUGUUCAACAUAGUGUUGCAUUAUCUUGUUGAAGCCCAAGAAGGCCACAUGGCAAUUGAAAUUUUCAAGAAGAUGAAGUUGUGUGGCUGCCACCCUGAUUCCACUACAUACAAUAUAAUGAUCGACUGUUGUAGCAUCAUAAGAAGUUACAGAUCUGCUUCUUUGUUGAUUUCAAUGAUGAUACGGGAAGGGUUUUGUCCGGUGGCUUGUACAUAUACUGCUCUCGUUAAGAUUUUGUUGGAAGAUGAAAAUUUUAAUGAAGCCGUGGAUGUUCUGGAAAGAAUCAAAUUGGAUGGCAUCAAACUUGAUGUACUGCUGUUUAACACGUUUCUCCGCCAAGCAUGUUAUAGGGGAAGGAUCGAUGUAAUUGAGUUUAUCGUGGAGUUUAUGCACCAAGAAAAAGUUCAGCCUGAUCCAGCAACAUGUGGCUAUGUCUUCUCUGCAUAUGUGAACUCAAGUUUUCACAAUACAGCAAUAGAAGCAUUGCAGGUUUUAAGUUUGCGUAUGAUGUCUGAAGAUGGCAACAUACUUAAAGAGAGGAAAGAUCUUGUGGAUGAGUUCAUCCUUAAUGAAGAUUUGGCUUCUGAGUCACACAUAUUUAAAUUAUUUGAAGAUUCUGAAGAUGAAGUUGCAACAGGGUUGUUGAAUUUAAGAUGGUGUGCCAUAAUUGGAUUUCCUCUAUGUGAGUCAGCUGACCGAAGCCUAUGGGCUAAAAGACUCGAGUUACGGUUCCAAAAGAGGUUAGCAUCUGGUUCCAGAAAAGGAGUGCAUGAUUUUUGAGCCUUGCACCUUUAUAAUAUGCCAGACCGACCGACAAGAGCCUACUACCUGGCCUAUGUUAGGCCCAAGUCAGAGAGUAACUCCCAGUCGGCUUAUUUCAUUGGUUGAACAACAUAAGAGGCCUAUAAAGCAACCAUCGUGACCUCAAAGUGAAGGCCCAUAAGAGCCCAAUACAAUAAUAGAACAAUCAUAUUGAUUGCAUGAUUUCAAUAGUUCAUAAAAAAAUUCUGAUAGAUUUUUAUAAUUUCAUAAUUUAUUUUAUGUGGAAAUAUAAGUAUUUAUAAUUCCAUUCACAGUGGUGGCUGAAGGCGAAUAAGCUAGGUUUUUCUUUUGAUUUUCUUUUAUGAUGGUCUUCGCCGUCUCUCUGCAUGGAGUGUUUCUAUUAUGUUUAUUGAUUUGACUCUGUGCAUUGUUCUUUUUUAGGCACAUAUUAAUUGGUACAGUUUAUUAAUAUAACAAUCAUAUUAAUUGGGACAGUUUAUUAA